AUGUCUGAGUUUGCAAUGUCCAAACGGAGCGAUGAUCACUCUGAGUCGUCCAAGAACAUCGUCGGUGUACACUAUCGUGUGGGCAAGAAGUUGGGUGAAGGCAGUUUUGGUGUCUUGUACGAAGGCACCAAUCUGCUCAACAAUCAAUCUGUUGCCAUCAAGUUUGAACCACGCAAAUCCGACGCCCCACAACUGAGAGACGAAUAUCGUACUUACAAGAUCCUCGCCGGUUUACCCGGUGUCCCAAGCGCCUAUUAUUUCGGACAAGAGGGUCUGCACAAUAUUCUCGUCAUUGAUUUGUUGGGUCCAAGUCUAGAAGAUUUGUUUGACAUGUGUAACCGCAAAAUGUCGGUAAAAACGGUGGCCAUGCUCGCCAAACAGAUGUUGUGUCGAGUGGAAAGUGUACAUGAACGCAAUUUGAUCUACCGGGAUAUCAAGCCUGAUAAUUUCUUAAUUGGCCGCCCAGGCACCAAAUACGCCAACAUGGUAUUUUUGAUUGAUUACGGCAUGGCCAAACAGUACCGCGAUCCGAAAACGAAGCAACACAUUCCAUACCGAGAACGCAAAAGUUUAUCAGGCACCGCAAGGUAUAUGAGCAUCAAUACGCAUUUGGGAAGAGAACAAUCAAGGCGAGACGAUCUUGAAUCAUUAGGCCAUGUAUUCAUGUACUUUUUACGGGGUUCAUUACCUUGGCAAGGGCUCAAGGCUGCCACCAACAAGCAGAAAUACGAAAAGAUUGGCGAGAAAAAACAAUCAACAGCAGUCAAAGAUUUAUGUGAGGGGUUUCCAGAAGAAUUUGGCAUCUACUUGCAGUAUGUGCGCAAGCUCAGAUUCGAAGAAACCCCUGAUUACGAUUUCUUGCGCGAACUUUUCAACAAAGUCCUCGCUCGUAUAGGUGAAACCGAUGAUGGUGUGUACGACUGGAUGUUACUCAACGAUGGUAAAGGAUGGGAGCACCGUCGGCAACGAGAACGAGACAACGGUGGCCGAUUAAAUCAUCAGCACAGUACGCAAGCCCGCCGAUCCGCGGCUCAUCAUCAAUCCGUCAAACGCCAUGCUUCCAAUCGCCAACAAGUUCAACAACCUACAAGGCUUUCAGCCACACCAACGCCCACCCCGACUUCCCCUCCCCUUCAUACGCUGGAUACCGAGCAUAAGAAGUCUCACACAACCAUGCCUAUCUCGCCCAAUCCAGCCGAUACACAUAAUUUGUCGCCACCGCGACAAGAAGAUACCAUGCCCAAGGUCCAACCUCAACAUGGUGGAUUUUGGCAUAGUUUUAUGGCUUUUGUCACCUGUGGUACACUAGCUUAG